AUGAAUAGUAUAAUAGCCUCUAAUGCUGUAAAUCCAUAUUAAAACUCUAUUUUAGAGUAAGAUAAUUAGAAGUACUAUCUGCCAUUAGUUGAUGAGCACCAAAAUACUUCUUUGUAUAAGGAUGCUUAAUAAAGGAUAUUUCAUGAGAAUUAUGGCAAAAAUAAGCCUCUCUCAGAUAUUCCAAGAAGUAUUAGAAUUCGGAAUUAGUAAGUAUUUCAACAGCAAGUUGCUGAAUAGGAUUAAGGACACAUUGAUAAAAACGCUUAUCUAUUUCAAUAGCUAAAUAACAAAUAAACACCCAAUAUCUCUGCUCUUGAUCAUUUAUAACAGCACUCUACAGAUAGUAGAUUUAGAGAUCCCAGAUAAAGCGAAAAGACUCUUAAGCCAAAUAUAUCUUAUGGCUAAAUCGGGAAAAUCUCACCUUUUUCACAUUAAAGAGACAAUGAUGUUUUCAUAGAUCCUUAUACAAAUCAUUAUAACUCAAGAGAAUUAAAUGCCAACUAUGAUAAAGAUUUAGGGAAUACCAAGAAGAGUUUAAUGAAUACUGUCAGCAACAUAACAUUACUAAAUGAGAGUAAAUAGAAUCUUAAUUUAAGUGAUAUAUCUCAAAUCUAGUAUAGUGUUGAUGGUGCAACUGCCUAGCCUUUCACGACGAUUAAUAAUCAGAACCUAUAACAUUCCUUAACUCGUCCUAAUCACGCAAAACUUCCUUCUUAACAGCGAAAGACCAGGCGUUUUAACUUGCUAAACUCAACAGCAGAUAUGAUUUCAAGAGAGUUUAUGAAAUAAUAGCAUUCCUUAAAUGAUUCUCGAGAGUAAUUAGGCUAGCGACAUGGUUCCUUACUAAUUGGAGAUUAGAGAAAUUCACUUAAUCCACAUUUGAACAAUCAAUUAGAUAGAUAAUCUGUAGUAUACAACAGUAAUUAUAACACAAAUCUAGAUGAUAGCUAAAUAAGUAGCAAUCAUUUUGUAGUCAGGAAUCCCUUAGAGAAAAAUAUAGAUAAUUAGAAGAGAUAAAGGAUAAUACCGAGAAUAGAUUAAGCCGCUAUGAAUCCCCGAGAGUUAAAGUAUGGGGGACCUAAAUACUUGCCUACUAAUAGAGAUUAUGGAAAUUUCCCUAACUUCAACGCCAGCACAAAUAUGAAUUUGUUAUAACUAAAUUAGACCUAGUAGUUGUGA